AUGCUCGAAAGCCUCCAGCAAGAAGAGGCAAGGCCACCUCAUAGAGGGAAGCAGAGGGAUGGCAAGGGGAAGGCAAGGUCGAUGCACUCUGUGCACUCAGUUGAUGCACUUCAAGGGGUCCAGCAUGCUCUGAGGAGGAGUGGUCAGAUGGGAACAUUGGUCGACUUUGGUGGUCCUAGGGGGGACAAACACCACUUCAAGGGUCCAGCGUGCCAUGAUGGGGAGUGGUCAGACAGGAUCAUUGGUUGUAUUACAAGACAUGCAAUUGACAUAGGAGAGUCAGGCAAAGAUGGGUGUCCCAGUCAAUGUGGACAGGGGCUUUGGUUCUGGAACAGUGUUCUUCGGUCAAUUGCAAUUGAGCUAGGGGGGAUGAACACCAUGUCAAGCAGCCCAGCAUGCUCCAAGGGGGAGUGGUCAGAUGGGAACAUCAGAAUGUUAUAA